CACCACGCGAUCCUGUAAGCGCCUGUUAAGCAGGUGCCACGCCUGCUGAGAAUGACAGUGCGCGCAGGUUUACGUUACGACGAGAUACCGGCAUGGCAGAGGUGAUCCCUUCAAAGCUCUCUCGACUGCGCCCGUUUGCUGAACAUGCCUGAUGCAGGGACAACGAAUGCAUCCUCACAGGCUACAGGUAUGGCUGCAGCCAUGACAGCGAAAACAUUGCUGAUGAGCUAGGCCAACGUCGAAUUCGUUCCUGUUGUCGGUGUAGAGCAUGCUGCAAUGGCAUGACGAGACUGUCAACAUCCACACGCACACUUUCGGCUGUGCUCUCUUUGCGGUGUUCCCAUUGCAUUUCUACACCAGGCUAUACAGCAAGGUCGAUGGUGCCCAGCCGAUCGACAAGACCAUGUUCUUUGUCUACUUCUUUGGAGUUGCCGUGUGCUUUGCCUGUUCCUCGAGCUUCCAUGUAAUCUCGAAUCUCAAUCCGAGAGUCUCCAAGAUCGCCAACAGGCUUGAUUACUGCGGUAUCGUCAUACUCAUGUGGAGCGCAAGCAUAGCCUCAAUUCAUUUCGCGUUCGUCUGUCAUCCGACGCUACGCUCCAUGCAUUGGUUUUUGGUAUCCGCAAGUGCGAGCGGUUGCAUAGCUUUCACUCUGUACCCAGAGUUCAUUGGGUCAAGGUUCCGAGCGUACCGAACAUUGAUGUACAGUAGCCUCGGGUUGUUCGGACUGGUGUUUAUGCUCCACGGCAUUUACCUCGAUGGGUUCGCGAUUCAGCGCGAGCGGUUGGCACUCAGAUGGAUGAUCCUCAUGGCCGCUCUCAAUUUCAUUGGAGCAGCCUUCUACGCUACUACGUUUCCGGAGUGCCGAUAUCCGUAUCGAUCCGAUUUCUUAGGAGCAAGUCACCAGUUGCUUCACACUUUCGUGGUGCUGGCGGGAAUCGCACACUACAAGGGCUUGACUGAUGCAUUCCUUGCGAUACGAACGAAACCUUUGGUGUGUUGAAGGGCAGGAUAGCACCGCUUUGUGCACAAGCCGGGGCCGCCAUCGGGAACUUUAUCGCGAGACCGCUUCGAAGGAGAGGGCACUCUACGUCAAUUCCAAUAGAUCGAUAUGGUUCGUUGGUGCCAUCUCUGUGGAAAUUACAUUUGUCUCGCAACGGACAGUAACUCUGCGCUGUUACAAAUCCGAUCCAUGAUUGAUUCGCCAAGACAAGCAAUUUAGAAAGGGGCUUCGUGAUGUUCGGUAGGUUGGAUUAGCCUUGUGGAAACUUGAGGGAGCCUUACGACCGUUGCCAACCUUAAAAAAGACUCGAU